AUGCCAGCUCGCUGUCCUUCUUGCGGGAAAGAGUUCAAGGACCAUACCUCUGUUGCUCGCCAUAUGAGCCAACCUCGGUCCGGGUGUAAUACUUGGCUAGAAGAUUUGAUCCGGCUCGACUCGAUUCUCCCACCCAGCAAAGACGAUCCUAUGGUCACAGAUGACCUUCACGAACUUUAUACGUCCUCCUAUGAAACAGGAGAGGAUAUGAAUAUGUUUGACUUUGGUAACGAAGGAGAGCAAGAAUAUGGAGGUAGAACUCAGGAUAGGGAUGCGGAAGUAACCGACUUCUUUCCUGAGCCCCCACUCGCCUUUGAACACGGCUACACGUUCUUAAGUCUAUUUGAAUCUGACGAGAAUAGCGUCUACCGCAAAACCAACCUUUACUAUCCGUUUUCAAGCAGGAGAGAAUGGCAACUUGCGGCAUGGCUUCUGCGUUCGGGCCUAAGCAUGGAGAAGAUCAAUUCUUUUCUAGCAUUAGAGAUGAUUCAGGAUCUACAUCUAUCAUUCCACUCAGCAAGAGAGCUUCGAGGUCAAGCUGAAUCACUACCGACUGGCCCGCGUUGGAAAUCCCAAGUUAUUCGUACAUCUCACGCUACAAAGUCGCCGGUUAUUCUCUACUGGCGGGAUCCGAUCGAAUGCAUUUCCAAUUUAUUCAAUCACCCUUUAUUUCACAUCCGUAUGGACUUUACGUCUCGCAAGGUUUAUACUACAGCGCAGAAACUGUCUCGGGUGUAUACUGAAUGGAUGACAGCUGACCAUGCUUGGGAAAUGCAGUCGGCGCUACCUCAUGGCGCAACACUCAUUGGUACUAUUUUGUCUUCGGACAAGACAUGUAUCACUGCAUUGACGGGUGAUCGCGUUGCACAUCCACUCCUUCUCAGCAUUGCCAACAUUCACAUGAACAUGCGGUUAAAAUCAUCCUCGAACACUUUCGGCGUGUUACAGGAUCGGCUUGUUCAUCAGUGCCUGGACGUCGUAUUAGAACCACUGAAGGUGGCUACUCGAGAGGGUGUCAUGUUGUCAGAUCCCACUGGACGCAGUCGUUACUGCUUUACCCCACUUGCGAGUUAUAUCGCUGAUACCCCUGAAGCCAUGAUGCUGGCAUGUGUCAGUGGAAAGACGUCUCCUGUUACGAUGGCCAUGUACAAACAAUUUGGAGAUGCAUUCCGACAUGAACCCCGCACAAGAGCAACGACCCUCGCACAGCUAGAUGUUGUGCACUCGCGUGCUGAUGAAGACAAUAUCGAAGCAUUUUUCCGCGAAUCGCAGAAGUUCCGCCUGAAUGGCGUUGCAAAGCCUUUCUGGAGUGAUUGGGCAUUAGCGGAUCCUGACCGGUUUUUCACACCUGAAUCUUUGCACAUCAUUCACAAGAAGUUUUGGGAUCACGACGCCCAGUGGCUUAUCCUCGCAGUUGGAGAGUCUGAGAUAGAUUUUCGCUUUUCCAUCUUACAGCCCACCACUGGUUAUCGGCAUUUCCACGAAGGCAUCUCAAAACUCAAGCAAGUUACAGGUCGUUGCCACCGAGACAUUCAGCGAUCAAUUAUUGCAGUCUGCGCAGAUGCAGCACCCCCUGGUGUCAUUGUCGCUGUCCGUGCACUUUUGCACUUUCAUUACCUCAUACAAUCACCACGCAUUAACGACGACGAUAUCCGCCGCAUCUCAGCUGCAUUAGAUGAGUUCCAUGCCAAUAAAGAUGCUAUUAUCAGCACUGGAGUUCGCCGAGGAGAAGGCCGUACAGUUAUUAACAACUGGUACAUACCUAAACUCGAGCUUAUGCAAAGCAUCGUGCCUAGCAUCCGCAGCUCUGGCAUUACAGGACAAUGGUCUGCGGAUGUUACUGAGCACGCACAUAUCACGGAGAUAAAAAACCCCGCGAGGUCCAGUAAUAAUAACAACUAUGACCCCCAAAUCUGUCGCCAUCUCGACCGUACGGAUAAGUGCAAUCGCUUCGAACUUGCCACAAGCCUUCUAGACCGCGAGCAAAGUACCGAGGAGUUGGAGGGUGUUGGAGAAUUUGCUGACGAGGAUGAUGAGACUGACGGUGAUGUGGACGAUACUCCCGCAGGACUACCCUCCGGAUCUCAACGACCUGGACAGCCACGUUCUAUUACGAACUACUUUGCAAUCACCAAUAUGCUCCAGCAAAGGGAAAUGGGAUCAGUGCCAGUCCCGUUACGCACCUUUGUUGUCAGACGGACGGCUUUUCAUCUUGCUUACGAACCUUCUAUUCGGAGUGUUACUCUUGAUGAAGUUGCCGUCAAGUUUGGCCUACCAGAUCUGCGCCCAGCUAUGGCUAAUUUCCUUCACCGUGAGGUGACUUACAGCAACCGCGUUCACUCGAUUGGUGGUCCCAGAAGGGCUGGACAUAACGCCGAACUCCCAUUUCAUAAGGUUCAAGUCUGGUUUAAAGUCCGUUUGCAGGAGAUGGAAUUUCACGACAUCUGCGACAUUCGCCCAGCUCAGACAUUAAACUGCGCGCCACCCAGCGACCCCUGGACAUUAGGCCGUUAUGAUAAUGUCAUUAUCCAGACUAGCACAGAGCACUCUUGGCCUGCUAGUAGUCUCACAGGUCACUCCAUCGCACAAAUCAGAUUGAUCAUGCGGCCAAUUGGCAAAAACGGCACGCUGUGGGCAUGGAAAGACCGAUUCAUUGCAUAUGUCCAACGUUUCAAUAUCUCUAGUGAAUGUGAUCCAACUACUCAGUUGCACGUACUGAAAAGAGCAAAGUGUUCCAAUGGCAUUCGGAUGGGCGGUGUUAUUCCAGUUUCUCAGCUGAGAGCGCCUGUCAACCUCAUUCCCCGCUUUGGUGCUGCUGCAGAUAAGCGCCUCACACCCUAUAAUAGCAUGGAGCAUGCAACCGAGUUUUGGUUAAAUUAUUUUUGGGACAAAAACACCUUUUUUGUGCUAUCAUCGUAG